AUGUUCAACUCCAACGUCGGAGGAAGUGAUCUCGAUGCCUUUCUUCUCGGUGCUGCCAGCAAUAACAGCAACAUAUCAUCAUCAUCAAAACAAAAUUCCUCUCAAACCAACCGAGCACGAGAAGUAUGGCUCUAUAAUCAACUCAAAAAAUCUCGUUCUUCCUUUGUCGAGUCCUUUAAAUUUAAAAUUGUGAUUGGUACAUGGAACGUGAAUAGUAAAGUACCCAAUUAUAAUAAUUUAUCAUCCUCAAUGGGAGUAAUGACACAACAAGAUUCUACUUCAUCGGGUAGUGGUACGGAUCCAACCAAUAUAAUGACGGGUGAUGCCUCUUCAUUGAAUCCAUCGUCUUUUCGUGACAUCGAUAUAAAUUCCAAUACGAACACAAAUGCCAACACUACUAAUACUCUCUCAUCCAUUGUUUCAUCAAUGAACAACUCCUCUCUUCUCUCGACAGGAAUUACCAACAAACAUCCACUCGAUGAAUGGCUUCAUCUCUCCGAACAACCUGAUAUCAUUGCCAUUGGAUUACAAGAAAUUGAUAUGACUGCAGAAGCCAUGCUGAAAAAGGAAACACAAUCAAAAUUGGAAUGGAUUCAUGUGUUGGAAUCUGAGCUUUCAUGUUCUUCCCAUACCAAAACAAAAUAUGUGAGGUUGAGUGAUAAACAACUCGUUGGAAUGUUCUGUUGUGUAUUCAUUGCAGAGAAAUAUUCAUCACAAGUGAAAGAUGUUCAAUCGGUAGUUUUGGGUUUAGGUGCUAUGGGUAAACUUGGUAAUAAGGGAGCUGUUGGAAUUCGUGUGAAAAUUGCUGACACGAGUAUGUGUUUUGUCACAACACACUUGGCACCUCAUAUGGGCGGAGUUCAAAAGAGAAAUCAAAAUUUUAUGGAUAUAUUUACUCAAUUGGGUUUUUCAAAAUUGGAAAAUUCAUUAUUGGAAUCGACCAGUGUUGCAGAAUCAGCGUCCUCUUCAGCAUUGACGAGCAGUACCAUGACGAGUAGUAGUAGUAAUCUCAACUUGACCUUAUCGAAUGCUUCUCUGAAUAGUGGCUUGUCAUCUGCAAAUAGCAGCAAUAGUUCAGGACUUCUCAGCUCUCUGACCAAUUCGAUUGCGAGUGGAAAUAGUGGAACUUCUCUGGCUGGAGGCAGUGACAGUGCCGAUGAUUUCCAUGUGAUUAGUGCACCUUCAGAGACUAUGAGUUCAGGAAAAACUGGUAGUCAAGUCAUGCUACCCGAUCAACAUGAUUACUUUUUCUGGUUUGGAGAUUUAAAUUACAGAAUUGAUAAUUUGGAGCGUUCUCAAGUUGAAGAAUAUGUUCGUGACAAGCAAUACAAGUCACUUCUCGAUUACGAUCAAUUAACAGUUGAGAAAAUGAGUGGCCGAGUGUUCAUGGGAUUCAAAGAGGGUCGAAUUAAUUUUCCACCCACUUACAAGUAUGAUCCUGGUACCUUAACUUUUGAUACAAGUGAAAAGAGACGUGUACCUUCGUAUACGGAUCGUAUUUUAUGGAAGGGCGUGAAACGUGAUCAGGUCAAACAAUUGUGUUACAUGACUCAUUUGAAUUGUUUGAUUAGUGACCACUUGCCCGUGAGUAGUGUCUUUGAAACUGAAGUUCAAAUGGAAGUAGAUUACAAAUUCCGACAAUGUAAGGAAAAUUUCUUGCGGGAAUAUGACGCUCUGUACAAUAAUAAGGUCAUUUCUGAAAAUGAUCUUCCCAAAAUCUCUCUCUCUGCAAGUGAAAUUCGUUUCAAAGAUACUCGUUUUGGAAUUCCUCAAACUCAAACACUCGUUGUGAAAAAUACUGGAAACGUUGUGUGUGAAUUUUUCUUUGUCAAAAAAGGCAUGGAAGAACGAUAUUGUGAAGAUUGGCUCACAGCAUCCAACACUCAUCGACUGCUCAUUCCAGGAGAAUCCAUUGAAAUUGAAUUGACAUGUUGUUUCAAUGCCCAGUCAGCUCCUCCUUUUAAUUUAGACGAUUCUUCCAAUGAAACAGUUCCAUUCGAAGACGUUCUCAUUAUUCAUGUCGAUAAUGGAAAAGAUUAUCCUCUCAAAAUUUAUGGAAAUUAUUUGAAAUCUUGUUUUGGAAAUUCAUUGAAUAAUCUAGUUCAAUGUUUUAUGAGUGUGAGAGAUCCACAUUGUAAAGAUCAAAUUCAAUUCGAAUAUGAAGAUGGAACUGUGUCAACAUUGAAAUCAUUGUACAUUCCAAAAGAACUCUUUUUCAUGUGUGAUCAUAUUGUGAAAUAUGGAUUAAGAGAAGAAGGAUUGUUCCAAGUUCAAGGUACUUCAGAUCAAGUAAGAGCAUGUCGUGAAUUAUUGGAUCAUGGAAUGUCUCUUUCGAAACAUUUUACUGGAAAUAUUCAUUCAGUGUGCACGUGUUUGAUUCAAUUUUUUGAGAGUUUGAUAGAACCUAUUAUUCCUGGAAAGUUAUAUCGACUUUUAAUGGAAAAUUAUCUCAAUGGCGAUGUGUGUCGAUAUUUAAUUGAUUCCAAUUUAUCCAGCACUCAUUACAAUGUCUGGCAUUACAUUAUGAAUUUUUUGAGAGAAGUCUUAAUGAACAGUGACGCCAAUGGAUUAACCAUCGAUUCGUUGGCACAAGGAUUUGCUGAUGUGCUCGUUCGAUCUCCAAAAUAUUUAACACCUGAAGUGAAAAAGAAACAUUUGAAAGGAAAGAUUGUUGUGAUUAAACAUUUUUUCACAAAGGAAUAUAAUCAGAGAAUGGUUGCUGUUGAGGAAGAUGCUCAUUUGUUUAGAGUUUGA